ACUACUACAUAUAUGCAUUUGUCUAAUUAAUAACUGGUGACUGAACAAAACGUUAUUCUCAUUAUACACGAAAUUUUAUCGAAUCCAAUCGAUUGCCCAAUUUCCUUCAAAACAAAAUCGAGACCGAGGCUAUAACGUGAAUUAUAUUUCUUCGAGUAGAUUAUGGGAAGGGCAAGAUUGCUUUCAGUCUGUCAUGUAUUUCUGAUUUCUUCAUUAUGUAUUAUUGUUUCAAUUUAUGCAUUUUAUAAACCGGAACCUCGGUAUUUUCACGAGAUGAAAUCAAACAAUGGACCGUAUCCGAGUGACAGCAAUGAUAAUUUGUUUUGGUUUGUUCAGGUAUCAGAUAUUCACACCAGUAAAUUUUGGAAAUCGGACCAAGUUGAAGCUUUUGAUGAUUUUUGCAAUUCUACUCUUUCUACAAUAAAUCCGGAAUUGGUGCUUGUUACUGGAGAUCUUACCGAUGCAAAAGAAGAAAACAAGAUUGAUUCUCGACAAUUUGAAGAAGAAUGGAAAAUAUAUCACUCUAUUAUCACGAAAAAUAAUGUCACAGAAAAAUGUGUGUGGCUUGAUAUCAGAGGAAACCAUGAUGCGUUCGACGUCGCUCGCGCGAAUGAUGCGAAUUCUAAUUACUAUUUAAAAUAUUCUGGUGACAAAGGAAAGUUGUCGUCUGCUGUUUAUCAGGUUGAGAAACAGUACGGAAAAUACUCUUUUAUUCCUGUUGAUGCGACCAUGAUACCAGGCCCAAGGAGACCAUACAAUUUUAUGGGGUAUCUUUCAGAGAGAAGCAUGGAGAAACUUGAAAAUUUCGAGCACGAAACGGCCAGCGAUAAUUUCACUAUUUGGUACGGUCAUUAUCCAACUUCCACCAUAACAAAUUUUCCUCCCAGACUCACACGUUUGGUUGGAAAGAGGGGUGGCGUCUACUUAGCUGGACAUCUUCAUAAAUACUGCGGAAGGUCUGAAAUAUAUGCCGUCAAUCCUCAUGGUUUUUUAGAGCUUGAGUUAGAAGACUGGAAAGACAACAAAAUGUAUCGAAUCGCUGCCAUAGAUCAUGAUAUAUUCUCAUUUACGGAUUUAAAAUACAGUGAAUGGCCCGCAAUUGUUCUGACAAAUCCUAAGAAAUCCAAGUUCAUGAUGCCUAAUGCAGAGCCUAUAGGAAUGAUCAAACAAUCAAGUCAUAUUAGAUUCCUUGUGUUUGAUCCUUGGAAAAUAGUGAGAGUGCAGGUACGAAUCGAUGGGAUAUUGAUGGAGGAAAAAGCUCGACAAGUUUCUGGAGGCCCCCUGUGGGUUUGCAAGUGGAACACCAGUUUGUACCGUGUAGGAACUCACGACCUCAGCAUUACUGUUUCUGACUCGCGUGGAAACAAAAAAACAAUCGAUCAAAAAUUUUCAUUAGAUUCGACGUGGGAAUUAGAUGUCGACCCGUUUUCCGCUUUUAUUCUGUUGACGGAUUUUCCAUCCUUGUUCUUUUAUCUUUUCUACAUGACGUCAAUAUUAUAUCUCAUAUUCAUCCUGUCAAUACGUUUUCAUCGACACGAAGUCUGGUGCGGUUCAAUGACGAAAUGCCGUUUAUUGAUGGAAGAUGACAUCUUUUAUUAUGGAACAAUCGCGUUUGCUUUAAACAUCAUGUUUGGUCCCUGGUUUAUUGGUGAAUUAACAAGGGGAAAUAUCGGUAUCUGCUUCGCUUUUGGAAUGUUCAUCAAUGGUGAAAUAAUUCCUGAGGGAUGGAUUUAUUACAAUGGCAUUUGGAAGAUUUUAACGCUAUACUUUCCUGGAAUACCAUUAUUAGCAUAUUUCGACUAUUUCACGGGAAGAAAUAAAACACAUACUAUUCAAGGAUUUGCUUCGAAAUGGCGGAUUUGUGGUUUUCUUUGUUUAUUUGUUUUCUAUAUUUAUUUACACGUGAAAUCGUGGCAUGAAAUUUUCCUCGCAUAUGGAUUAAUCACGGGAAUUUGUAGUCCUGUGUCUUUAUGGUGGUUAUUAUUCAUUAUUCACAAAACUUGGCGAAUUUAUCGAAAAGGAUCACAGAAUGCUAGUUUGAAUGGAGAAAAGCGAUCAUUGUUUUGCAAAAGUCAAUGCAAAAGUAUCCAUAAAUGUGCAAUAAAAGUUGGAAAUUGAGUAAAUUUUAAUUAUUUCGAAGGGUGGGUUCGGAUCGAUUUUAAGAUGAUUUGUCCAAACCAGGGGUGUGCAACAUUUUUCGUCGGUCGGCCAUGUAACCUACUUCAGACAUUUAGCUGGGCCCCACAAAAAAAAUUAGUUUUCCCAUGUACACAACAAAAUUAUUGACAACCAGAUCUCUGCGGGAAAGGCAAGACAAGAGAAUGCGUCUAUCGUUUAACCUUCCAGCAAAAAACGGACGGGGCAACACGACGAAAGAUUUUUAAAGCAGCGACAAGA